GUAGACCGCCACAUGGCCAGCUACCAUCCGGCGCUGGACGCCAGGGUCAAGUGCGAGCUGUGCGACAGCAGGGUCACGCGGGAGAAGAUGGACAGGCAUCUGAGGCUGAUGCACGGGCCGGGGAACCUUACUUGUGGGUACUGCAAAACGGAGUUUCAAGACAGAGAGAGCCUGGUAGAACAUAUCACCACAUGCACCGCCAAGAAAAAGAGGAAGCCUUACAAAAAAGGUCGCGAGCUAGCUGAAUGCGACUUGUGCCAGAAAGUGAUGCAGCGAGCGAGUCUGCGACUCCACAAGGCUGUCAAACACAAAGGACUGAGGCCUGUUUGUGAGCACUGCGGCCGGUCUUUCGGCAACUCCAUCCGUCUUCACGAGCACUACCGAGCGAAGCACGGCUAUGAAAAGUUCAAGUGCGGCCGCUGCGACUACCAGUCGGCCAGCGAGUUGGCUAUGCAGAACCACGAAAGACGGCAUCGCGGCGAGAAACCCUUCGUGUGUGAGGAGUGCGGCGCGCGUUUCCACGCCGCGUACUUGCUGGCGCAACACAAACGCGGGCACACCACUGAGAAACCUGUCAAGUGCGACCAGUGCCCCUCCAGCUUCAAAUCGAACAACAGUCUAUUAACCCACAAGCAGACCUGCCACAGCGACCGAAGCUACGUGUGCCUGGUGUGCGCGCGCGCCUACCGCUGCCGGCACUACGCCGUCAAGCACAGCCGCGCCGUGCACCGGCUGAGGGGGCCGCCGCCCAUUGCUAGGGGGGACCUAGGCAGCGUAGGGGGGACCCUAGAGACUGCUACAUAAGAACAUAGGACACUUAAAUCCCCCCUUCCCCAAAUUGGUCCUCCUCCUUAAGGAACCCUAAGUGUCUAAAAACCCCCCUUCCCCUUGAAAAAAACCAUAAAGUGUCUAUAAACCCCCCUCCAAAACACUACAUUUAGUCUUAAACCCCCUCUUAGUAGAAACAUUAGUGUCUAUAAACCCCCUCCAAAAUACUCAAAUUGGUCAUUUAGUCCCCUUAACCCCCUCUCUAACUCCAUAAGAAACUUAAGUGUCUGUAACCCCCCUUGAAAGAAACCUACUAGUGUCUAAAACCCCAAACAACACUCCAAAUUAGUCGUCCAGCCCCCCCUCCUAUUCAAAAAGUCCAAAAUGAGUCCAUAAGCCCUUUAUAAUACCCCCAAACCUACUCAACUUAGUCCAUAGCCCCUAACGAUCCAAACUCAAGUCACAGCUCGCCACAGCGACCGAAGCUACGUGUGCCUGGUGUGCGCGCGCGCCUACCGCUGCCGGCACUACGCCGUCAAGCACAGCCGCGCCGUGCAUCGGCUGAGGGGCCCGCCGCCUAUCGCUAGGGGGGACUUAGAGAGCGUAGGGGGGAGCCUAGAGACUGCUACAUAAGACACUAAAGCCC